AUGCUUACUACGAUUGUUCUUCGUCGGUUACCUCCUACACUAACAAGUGAACAAUUUCUUGAAAUAGUUUCUCCUCUUCCCGAUCAUGAUUAUUAUCGUUUUUGUAAAGCUGAUAUAAGUUUGGGUCAACAAUAUGCUUUUUCUCGUGCUUAUCUUAAUAUUCCUAAUCAACAAGAUUUAAUUGUAUUUACAGAAAAAUUUCAAGGUUAUGUUUUUCUUGAUAAAAAUGGAAAUGAAUAUAUUUGUUCAGUUGAAUAUGCACCUAAUCAAAGUCGAUCUAAAUCAGACCAACAAUCACGUAAAGAUCUUAAAGUUAAUUCAAUUGAACAAGAUCCUGAAUAUCAAACAUUUGUAGCUAACAUGAAUGCACCUCCAAGUGCUACAGAAGCAUUACCAAAUGCUGAAACAAUGCUUGAAGAAAUUGAAAAGAAACAACGUGAUAUUCAAGAUAGCAAGAAUAAAUCCGGUAGUACUACAACACCUUUACUUGAAUACAUAAAACGAAGACGCGAAGAACGAAAACAGGAAAAAAUGAUUCGAAAUCAACAAGGACAACGUCGUAGUAACAAACAACUAUCUAGAAAUAAUGCAUCAAAUGUACACGAUGAUUCAAGACCAUCAAGUGGACGAAAUAUGAAUGAUGAUGAUUAUAAUGCUUUACCACGUUAUGGAGGUGGAGAUAGAUCAAAUCGUCAACAACGUGGUUAUGAUAAAUCUGAUUAUCGAACAGGAAAUCAUGAACAGAAACGAUCGAAUGCAAAUGAUUAUGGUGGUAAUAAAUCAUCAAAAAAUCGUGAACAUCAAAAUUCCAAGCCAAAGCAACAGCAACAAAGUGCAAAAGAGUCUAAAACUGUUACAAAUCCAAAAUCAAAAAAUGACGAAUCAUCAGCAUCAUCACAAGUUGAGAGUCAAACAAAACGUGAUACGAUAUCAACAGAUACAACAAAUAAUUUUAAUGAAAACUCUCAACAAUCUCAAAAUGAUGAACGACCUAAUUCAUCAAAUAAAGCAUCAUCGACUUCUUCUCAAAAAAAUGUCAAUGCUUCAACCAAGAAUCGUCCAUCUAUUCAAAUUUAUAAUUCAGCAGAACGAGCUCGAUUACGACGACAACAGAAUCCAUCAUCUUAA